AUGUUAAGUCGAAUUUUAAUACCUUUAGCACAAAUGAGGCUACAAAAAUAUGGUGGAAAUGUUUUAAGACGAAGGGUAAAAAGAGCAAGAAUUGAGGAAAAAUCAGAAAAAAUGAUUGGAAUUGAGGAGAUGAAAAAAAUAAGAGAAGAAAUACAAAAUCAAAGGGAAACAGAUCCUAAGGAAAAUUUCAAAGUAAAUUUUAAAACGAUUUUUGAAGGCGGAAAAAUUUUCUUUCAAAAGGUUAGAACAGCAAAUAAUGUUGACCCGUUGUCCAAUGGAAAGGAAAAUAAUUUGGCUGCCAAAAUUUCUAGUCUUCUUGUAAAAUCGCUUGGACCUAAAACAAAAAAUGCAGAUAUUAAAUGGGCAAAAACGUAUAAAACACUACAAAGGCUGUCAGAGCAGAUUGAGAGGGGAAAGAACUUUCCAGGCUCUAGUCUCUAUGAAAAGCGAAUGUUUGUUGAAAUUUAG